GGCUGUGUUCCCUGGGGCUGUGGGAAGCAGCAGCUCCCUGAGCCCGAUGCAGCCGCUGCCUCUGUUCAGCAGGGAAGGUUGCAACUACCACAGCUGGGGCAGCACUCCGCAGUGUCAGUACACAGCUGAGGCAGUGCAGCAGCAGCACACAGCUGAGGCAGUGCAGCAGCAGCAGCAGCAUGAUGGGGAAGACACGGAUGGUCAUGGCCACCACGUGCCUCCUUAUUUUGGGCAUCCUGUCAGUCCUGGUAGCCCAUGGGCACUGGAGUACUCUGCAGCGAAGGCGGCGAUCCGCCACGGCUGGAGGCGACGCAGACCCAUCUGCCUGGCUGGGAGUGAGGGGUGCCAAUCUGCCGUAUCUCAUGGAUGCAAAUGCAGAUGCUCCUCAGCCGGAUCCCACGCUGCAGCCCAUCUGGAAUCUCUGGGAGAAAUUGAACUUUAUAUCUUUUGUGAAGAGUCUCGUUUCCCGCCUCAGUCGCCCCAUGAGGCUGAGAAGCCGUCGGUUCAGGAAGGAGGCAGCAGCACCGUGACAGUCUCUGCCAACAGAGCAGGGGCGGCUCACCCGGGAGCCGUGCCAGAGGCAGACGAAGUGCCCUUGGAGAAGGUGGCAGAUCCACAAACAGGCAGUCGGACGGUGGCAGUCUCUGAGGAAAAAACAAGGCCAUUCCAGUCAACAGCCGUGCCAGGUGUGGAAGGUGAGAAAAACUCAAAGGCCGAGCGUCUUCUGGGAUUCCAGACCCAUUUCCUCAUAUUUGCCGGGACUUUCUUCUGCUUGUGCCUCCUGUUGUCCCUGUUGGUUGCUUUGAUCUGUCUGUACAAGAAGAGGAAACGGAUUCCCUCUCCAUCUUCAGUGGCCCAGGACAGCACCAGCAGCUCCCACACGAGCAAGGAGAGUGAUCCUGGCUCCAACACAAUCCAACAAAAUGUGAUCUGGACCCAAGGGCAGCAGCCACCAGCUGUGCCAGGAAGCUCCUCUGUCCCACAGCUGACAUCUCAGACAGCUGGGAUCUGCGGGACUGGUUUAAGCCCAUCGAGCGAGAAAGCAUCAUGCUUGAGCCCCCUUGUCACCAUACCCAAAGAAGCCCGCAAGUGGUCACAGAAGAAAAUCAUAACAAUAACAAUAGACAUGACAGACAGGAAUCUUGGAAGCGCUGAAGACUUGGCAGCACUCCCUGAAGCUGACACCAGCUCUAAUCUCAAGCUCAACGAUCCCGCUGGCUCUGCCAAAGGCACUGGAGCCACACAGGCGGGAGAGGUGGGCAAAGGGCUCAUCAGGGCACAGCCCUGA